AAAAAAGGGAGUCGGUCACUUCGAACAAACGCUAUUUACGCAUCUUACGUUGUUUUUAUGAUUCCUUUCUCCACUGUAUAGCAUUUAAAAUCGCGAAAAUGUUUUCUUUAAGUUGUUGUAGACAAAUUUCGGAUUUUACAUACGGACUUCAUGAAAUGUUUUAGUAGGAUUGUACUUGGUUGAGUUUGAUUUCUAAAUGUCAGAAUGUCUACCUCGUGGAGCGCAGUUAAGAAUAUUCCCAUGUAUGAACUGUACAAGAACAUUAACAUUUCACCUAAUCCUUUUAUUAUCAAGCCAAAUGAAGAUGAUGACGAAGAUGUUUAUGAUCAAAAUGUGGACAGCGAUGAUGAUAAUGUUUUUAAGUUCCCGCCACCCAAAAAUUACAUCCAAGGAGGAACAUAUUCUCCAGCAUACCCGGGACUUCCUUCUUACACUGACUUGCCUCCUCUACCAUUUGGUUCGCCAAUUUUUCACUUUGACGAAAAAAUGGCAGAUGACCCAUCACACAAGGCUAUGUUGUACUUCUUGGAGAUCUUGAUGAACUCCGGAGUUCCACUUACCAUCAGCCAGUUGGCAGGGAGGUUUGGAAGUAAAAGUUUCACACCUGAAAUGAGACAAUCUUGUGGUGGAAAUGAAGCUGGAUUGAGAAAAUUCUUGUUGAAAUUUCCUUCUUUGUUCUGUGUGAAUGGGAAUUUAGUCAGUCUGAAUGAUGGUACAGCUAAUCUUGGGAAGAAUUUUCGUGAAAGUAGUCCGGCAUCAACAACGUCGGAUGUCUCUGUUGAGACAGAGGCAGUACAGUAUUUUCGUAAUAAGAUGAUCCGCAAAGGUGAAAAAUGGCUACCAGUGUUAAGUCUUGCCGGCCAUCUUUCUCAAGCCUCGCCGGAAAUAAGGGAAUGUGUCGGCCCUCAGAACCAAUUCAAAGAGUGGCUUGAACGGCACCCCCUUAUAUUUGAUAUGAGAGGGGAUUUAGUGGCGUUGAAGGACAACAUCAACUACAGCGCCGUAAAUCCUGCAGGAGAAUCGUUAGAGCUGGAUAAUGUUCAUUUUAAUUCAAAUCCUCGUUACUCUGCUGGUGAUUUUAAUCCAAGAUUUUCAGGCAGUGAUCAGCUUCCUCGUACACCAAAGGCCAAGCGACGCCCUAAGUCAAUAGAAAUACCACCAAAUUCUCCAAAACCAUCCAUACCUCGAACCCCUUCAUUUACCUCACAAAGUCAGCCUCUUACGCCAACUCCAUUAAGUGCCAAAGCUGGGCCUGCAACAAUGACAGCAAAUGAGUACAAAGCUGUUAUGUUCUUGAAAGGAAUCAUUGAGAAGAAAGGUGACAUGAAGUUGAAUGGAUUGACAGGACAUUUUAGCCAGGCUCCUGAAAGUUUGCGUAACACAAUUGGAUGGAGUAAGCCUGAACUUGAGAAGUUUGUGAGGAGUCAUGCUAACAUCUUUGUCAUUUCUGAAGAUGAGACAGUGUCUGUUAUUAAGAAUGCAAGAUUGAAUGUGAUAAUCACAGGCAGUAGACCAUCCGCUAAUGCUGCAAAAUCUGGUAAAACAGGUAAAGGCAGAGUUUAUCAUGUGGCUAAAUUGUGGGGUAUCGUUGAUCUUGGUAAACAUGAACAUGUUUUCAUUGACCGUACUAUUUUUGGAAAACAUAUUGACGAUCUAAAUAAACUAUUGACUGUUGGAGAAAUGGUAUGUUUUGAGUCAAUACCAGCUCCUAAAGGUAGUCGUGCCCGUUGGCGAGCAACUAAAGUCUGGAAGGAACAUGAAUCAAUUGAAGACCUUAUCGAUCGUGUAACAAGUCGACUUAGUGUAUCGUUUGAUUCACUCCGAGAACCAAUGACACCAACAACUCCUCUUCCCAUUUCUGAUGCUAAUAUUGAUGAGGAAAUCAGAAGAAUGAUACCGGAGUUGAACGAUUCUGGGGUCAUUCAGUCACCUGUAAAUGUUGGUGGUAUCAAGUAUUCGUUUUCAGACGCUGCCCCCAGCGGAGCGGGUGUUGUUCCAGUUUGGAAUUUCCGGCAUCAAGAAUUGUCAGCAAUGAGGGAUAUAGACGACCUUGACCUUAGUGAUGAUUCAGAUUCACCAAAUCUCACAAUGGUUGCAGAAAAAUACUAUAUGAAUAGAUCAGUACUUGGCGAUUGUCCAAAGAAAGAAGUUUCAGAAAUAAAAAGGGAAAAUGGUGUAGAAGAUGAGAACAAGAAAAAAUCUUUCACAAUAGGCUGCCAGACGAUUGUUACUGGGGAGGUUUUAGCAACCCAGCUCUUCCACGAGGAUUUUUAAACUUUGAACAUUGUUUUAACAAGGAAAAGAGGUAUUAAUACUGGUUAAACAUUUUUUUAAACAUUGGGAGGUUCCUUCAUAAUUUUGUUCAUUUGGUUAAUUAUUUGAACCUUUUCUUUCUAAGGUAAGUCAUUUUACGUAAGUGUAAUUAGUGUUUCCAUAUUUUUGUUUUUCAAGCAGGAUUCGAAGUUGUAAUAUAUUUUUAACACUUUUGCAUGUAUUUUUUUGUUGCGCCUAACCAGGAUAACUUAAUAUUAAUGGUCAAAGUCAUAUAGAGAACUUGGGCAUUUUUUGUGAUUUAAAGAUGCAUGACAUUGUAUCACCUGUGCAUGAAUCAUAGUGGGUUUUUUUAAAUCGUUUUUUUAUUUCAUUUUGUGUAAAGCAAUAUCUAAAGGAUGUAAAUUGUAAUAUUUCGUAGUAAGUAAUUCAAAUGGAAUUUAUAUGCUCCCAUUUCUUCAUUAUUUGUUUUCUAGAAACUGAUGCUUUUUAAAAUUGGCUAUCAAUUGAUCACCAUGAAGGAUUUAAUUUUCAAAGCAUUGCAUGAUUUAAAUGUUAUACAAAACAACAAGAGAGGUCAUAUUUUGUAAAUUUUGCUCAGAAGUACAUUUCGUUUGGAUUUUGUAUAUUUUAUCUAUUAGAAUUACCCAUGUAGCCAGAUAUGUAACCAAUCAUUGUGCUGGGUUUUGUAUUAUACAUGAAUAUCACAUACCCCUUAAAGCUACUGUCCCACACAUGGUGCAGGUUUCAACUUUUUUUUGAAAAUGCAAAAAUCAAAUUGCACUAAAGGUUUAAACAUUUACAUGAAAUCAAAAUAAUUAGAAAUGUUCCAUGAUCCCAGAAAUACCAGAUUAUUAUAAAAAAAAGAUUUUGCACCUUUUUUAUCCUUCUUUAACUUGAAACAAAUCAUUUAUCAAUUUAAUGUGUGUGGAUUAGUACCUUUAACUGUUUUAAUAGUCUGUGUUUUGUAUAAAACUCACUUUCCAUGACUUUGUUUUUUUGUUUUGAAAUAUGUAAACUCCAGUUUCUUAUGAUUUAUCUCUCUCUUUCUCUCUCUCUCCCUCUAUCUGUGAUUCUGUUUUGUUCCCAUAAAUUUAACUGUAUAAUUGUAUGUUUCACAAUAUAUCUUUUUUAUGUUCACUGUUAUCAAAGAAAUGUAGUGCGAAGCAAUUAAUUUUGAAAUUAGAUUUAUAAACAUUUACAAACAUUCUUUGUAGAUAGUUUUUAAUGAAUAUCAAUAUGAUUAUGAUCUACUAUUGAAAGCUAAUCAUGUUAUAUUGAAAUAACAUUUUUUUCCAGCAUUUCUGUUUUUUAAUAGUUUUAAAAGGCCAAGUUGAAUAAUGUUUUGGUUUAUAUGGUUUGAAUGUUAAAUAAGUAGUUAUAAUUUGCCUAUGACACCAGCCUACAUCUAGGGUCAGGUUAAAUGUAUGCAUAUUCCUGCAUUUUGACUGGAUGUCAAUCAAAUUUUUAACCUUCGAUACAUCAAACCCCUUGAAAUGAAAAUGGACGGUUCCCAAUCCAAGGUAACGCUAGUCCAUAUUAUAAAUUAGUAUAGCAUCAUUGCAUGGGAUAAUUAGUGUUUGAUACACUGUUAAUAAUAUUUUAAUUUUUGCACAAAGUUUGUGUUUCAAAAAAAACCAAAAACAUUAAACGUUAUUUUGCUUGGCCUUUUGACUGAUGAUUUUUUUUUUAUUUUUUUUUUCAAUUUAUUUUCAUUUAUGAAGUGUAGCAUUAUAUAGAGAAAACAAUUCUUGCCUCAGACAUUUAAGACAUUUAAGUAUUGUUUAUUUAUUUAUUAAUUAUUGUUAACAAAUUUUUUUAUACAUAUAAUUAUGUACCUUUCGAAAAAAAAACCUUUCGACUUUCGAUAAUACCUUUCGACUCUAAUUUCGAACAUGAUAUCAACUGUAAAUUGCUGGAAAUAUAAAAAAUGUGAUUUAAAAUAUUUUUUUGUAAUAAUACAUCCAGUGAUUAGUUAUUUAACGUUUUAGGUUUUUCAUUUCCCCCUUUUAUUAAGGGGAUAUCAAAAUGCACUUGCCCAUCAAUCAGGUUGUCCUGUUGUAGACUGAUGAAAUAGCGUAAUGUUGCAGGAUUUUUGGAACACGACCCAUACCGAUGGAAUUGGGAAUUUCAGCAGUGUUUUGUUAAGAAUUGGGGAAAAAUGCAGUACUGAAAUUUUUCAUAUUGAAUGCAAAAAUUACUGUCUAUGAUGGCAUCUUCAAAGGUUUAAGCACUAUUACAGUGAAGAAGCCCUUAUUUGCAAAGAUUUGAGAAUUUUUAUUCAAUAUUUUUAUUUUGUAACUUUCAAUUGGGAAUUUUUUCCUGUGAAUUGGGAAAAAGAUAUACUUUUUUCAAUUGGGAAUAUGACCCAGUAACGGCUAUAAAAUAAGCCAAAAAAAUCCCUGACAGUCUCUACUAUUCAACAGAAUAAGAAGACACAUUUACUGAAGUUUGUUUUACAAAAGUGUAAAUCUUAAGCAUUGAAAUUACUGAUAAACAUGUUGAUAAAGGUAAAACCAGAAGGAAUUUACAGCGUUGCUUAGAUAGGUUUAUAUUUUAUUAAUGCUUUAAAACUUGAAACAUUCUGCCAAUUUCAUGAAAUUUCUCUUAUGUUUUGCUUUAAUUAAUUGGUUUUGGCUCAAAUUUAGAUAUUUUUGUGGAGCAUUCAUUAGUAGAUUCUAAUGUAUAAUUAUGGAAGUUGAAGAAAUUUAGAAUUGAUGCUCAAUAAUGACAAUAAAAUUUCGUUAAAAUUAAUCCUUAUUAUAGAUACAAGCAUUAAGGAAUUUGAUGGAUAAUUUUUCAAUAAAUCCUACAGUAUAUUAAAAGGUAUUAUCACUGGAUUAAGGUUUUCAGAUUUUAGGAAUGACUUAAUCCACGCAAAAGUCUGUAUUUUGUUAAAUCAGUUAUAAUCAAAUUAGACGGCCUUCAUGGACUUGU